AUGGAAGAGUGGGAUAACACAACCACUGUGACUGAGUUCAUCCUUGUGGGUCUCUCCAGAAGCCCCCAAGUGCGUGCUGCCUUGUUUGUCCUUUUCUUGGCUAUAUAUCUGGUCGCAGUAGUUGGAAAUGGCCUCAUUGUGGUGCUGAUUGUGGCAGAUUCACACCUCCACACACCCAUGUAUUUCUUCCUCAGCAACCUCUCCUUCAUUGACUUCUGCUAUGUCACCACCUCUGUCCCACAGAUGCUCAUACACUUCUUCACGGACAGGCCCACAAUCUCUGUGGGCAGAUGUUUCGCACAAAUGAGCAUUUCUCUCAUUUUGGGACUGACUGAGUGCCUUUUACUAGCUGUCAUGGCUUAUGAUCGUUUUGUGGCUAUAUGCAGCCCUCUGCGCUACAGCCUAAUAAUGAGCCCAAAAGUGUGCAUCCAGUUGGCUGUCAUCCUGUGGGCCUGCCCAAUCCUCAUGACUCUUGUCACUCUUCUCACCUUGCGGUUGAAGAUGUGUGGGCACAAUGUGGUGAAUCACUUUAAGUGUGAGAUCCAGGCAGUGUUGAAACUGGCCUGCUCUGACACCCACACCAAUGGAAUUAAGAUGAUGGUGCUCAGUUUCUUCACUCUGCUCUUGCCCUUCGUCUUCAUCCUGGUGACCUAUGGGCGCAUUGGUCUGGCUGUACUGCGCAUCCGUUCAGCUGAGGGUCGGAGUAAAGCAUUCUCCAUUUGUGGCUCUCAUCUGGUUGUGGUAGGCAUUUUCUAUGGCACAGCCUUGGCCAUGUACCUGAGGCCUCAGGCCAAAACUUUCACGGACAGAGAAAAAUUUAUGGCUGUGUUUUAUGGAGUCGUCAUUCCCAUGGUAAACCCCAUGAUUUACAGCCUGAGAAACAGGGAUGUGAAGGGAGCCCUGUGGAGGAUGAUUGGCAAGAAAGCAAAGGAAUGA